GACAUCAAUGCGACGCGACAGAAGACAGCUAACUGCUGAUCAAAGUCAUGGGGUCCUUCAGCUUGUGCUGCUUUUUCCUGUUUACGUUCUUUAUUAGCAUGGUUCUACAAACUGUGGGAUUUUUUUCACCACACUGGAUCUCAUGGAAGGACUGCGACGCCCAGGGACUUUUCUACUACUUAGGUUCGAACGUAACCGAAGGCUGUUAUGGUCCAGGACACUAUGUGAGUGAUUCUGCAUUGGCACUGGAAGCCUUAUCCUUCGUCAUGCACUGGCUGGUGUUCAUGACCAUGACGUACGUCAUUUGCUGUGGUGAUAGCGAUGAACAAUGUGCGGAAUACUGUGGCUGUUUCGCCACCUGCUGCAUGGUUCUGUAUCCAGUAGCUGGUAUUCUGUCUGUUGUCGGAUGCGACAAGUUGUCCAAUAUUGACAUAUCAGACUAUUCUUAUGGGAGCUCGUACUACAUGUGUCUUAUAAGCGGUAUUUAUGUCAUCGUGCAGAUGGCUUUCCUGUGCUAUGGUUGUUACAAAGGAAUAAGGGAUGGCGAUGACGAUGACAGUCCCCAAACUACUGUGGCCACCACUCAGUCUAGCGGACAGGUACUACGUACAGUUCCCAGCGCACAACAUAUUGGCGUGUCGGUGACUGAGCAAGAGGAUGUACACGUGUCCAAUGGAAUGAUGUAUGUCCGGAGAAUGAGAAUAGCGAGAGUGGUUCAGCUUAUGAGAUGACCGACAAACAUUUACUGUUUAUGACUCAGUCACUGUAUGUUUCUUACUUAAAUGUUAUAGAUGAAGACAUCAACCAAGGACCCUUCCAUUGUUGUAUGAUUUCUGAAAUAUUUCAUAUGUAAAUAUUGGUUAAUUAUUUGAUUAUAUUAAUGUGACAAUUAGUGUGCAUCUUUAAGAUUUCAGUUCUACGAACUUAUGCUUUAAGAAGUAUAUAAUUACAAUUUUUAUAGGAGCUCAGAUGAGUAAACAUGUUACUUAAUACCAAGUAGUUUUUGCCUUUUUUUGAAAAGCUCA